UGGGAACACAAAUGGCGAAUUCCCAGACAACUACAUCGAAACGACACGUGGCCACUGUUCCCUUGCUUUAUUAAUUAUCGACACGUGUUAUUACAACCCACCCCCGGCUGUUUCCCAACUUGUUUUAAAACACGCCAAAAAGGCAAUCCUUCAAAAUAUUAUGUCAGUCGCAACCACGUGUCGUUUUGAUGUUUCUCCGAUUGCCACUUGUCUCGUCCCAAAUACUUUUCCUCGUCAUUGUCCAAGGGCAUUUUCGUCACUCAAUAAAUGCUUCCUCUCUUUUCCCCCAUUUCCCAAACCCAUCAGAGAAACUCUGAACUCUCUCUUUAGUAACAUCCAAUCGACUAAUUUCCACUGAACUUGAAAAAAAUUCAAUAAAUAUACAAUUUUUUUUUCUUUUUUUUUUUGUGUAAUAAAAAGAACAAGAAACAUCUUUGUUUGAGUUACAAUUGUUUUGAAGUUGUAAUUUUUAUAUGAAUAAUCAAGUUUAUGCAAAUGGGUAAAGCUAACUCAGAUCAAAGACUGGUUUUUGUUCUGUUUCAUAGUCGAAGACACUAGCUUUACUUAUACAACAACAAGAAGUUUUGUUUUUUUUUUUUUUUUUGUUUUAUUUGCCUUGUCUAAUGUUUCCGUCGAAAAUAGGAGAAGCAAAUGAAAACAGAAGUAGUAGCAGCAAAGAAAGGGUUAAUCUUUCUUUUAAGAUUGAGAAGUACCCAACAGAUCUGUUACAGAGAUUCAUGUCAAGUGAAGCACAAGCUUCAACAAGAAGUGAAGGAGAAGAAGAAGAAGAAGAAAAAGUGGAGCUGAAUCUUGGGUUAUCAUUAGGAGGUCGAUUUGGGGUUGAUAAGAGUGCAAGGAAGUUGACAAGGUCAUCAUCAAUUGCUGGUUCGAUACCGAUGUUUAGAGAAGAUGGUGCUAAUACUCCACCACCGGUUCCUUAUCCGAUUCUCAUAAGAACCUCUUCUUUGCCUACUGAGACUGAGGAGGAGUGGAGGAAGAGAAAAGAGUUGCAGACUUUAAGAAGAAUGGAAGCUAAAAGGAGAAGAAGCGAGAAGCAAAGGAGUUCAAGAGAGAAGAUGGAGGUUAAUUUAUUAGAGGAAGAGAAGCAAGCUGGAAGGGCAAAUACUAUUGGGGUGGGACCACCUUUGGGGUUGCAGAGUUGGGCUGCAGCUGCAAGGCAGGUGAUUUUAGGAGGAGGGAAUGAAGCGAUGGGGGUGAAAGGGAAAGGUGGUGGUCUUGCGGCUGCGUUUUCACAAGGUUCUGUGCAGCCUUGUCCUCAAGGGUCUAUGGAAUCACAAGGAGGAAGUUCUUCUUGUAUGUCAGAAAUGGAAAAUAAAGCCCUUCAAGGAGCAAGCAGCUGUGGUGAAGCACGAAGCUCUGGUAGCACCCAGUCCUUGCAAGAUCAAGCCAAUCAAGAGGCUAUGGGUUCAUCGGGGACAAAGACAGCUGAAAAUAGGGGGAAAGAAAGAGGGAACACGAUGGAAGAUAUGCCUUGUGUUUUCACAAAGGGAGAAGGUCCUGAUGGGAAAAGAAUAGAAGGCAUUCUGUACAAGUAUGGAAAGGGAGAGGAAGUGAGGAUAAUGUGUGUAUGCCAUGGCGAUUUCCUCUCUCCAGCAGAGUUUGUCAAGCAUGCAGGUGGUGGUGAUGUGGAUCACCCUCUUAGGCAUAUAGUUGUAAACCCUUCCUCUGCUUCCCUUUUGUAAUGUGGAGGCUAUGGCACCCCCUAAAAAAUGGGGAUGUGAAAUCGGGAAAAAUCGAAAAUUAAAAAAUUUUAGAAAACAGUUUUUUUUAAUCACAUUUUCUUUUCAAAAGUCUGCAAUAUUUUAUUGACUCUUGCCGAUGUAUCCGAGGAGAGAUUUUCAAAGGCCUCUCUUUGGAUUAUUUGGUUUCUUUUUCCCAUGUAUGUAGAGUAGAUAAUUUGAUGAUAUUAUAUAAAUACGAUA